CACUCGCUUCCCGAGCCGCCGGAGGCCGGCGGCGACGCCUGAAAUUUGAGCAGGAAAACGGGUUCCUUCUGUCUCGGGCUAAGAUUACACAGGCGGGGGUGACUCGGUAGGAGCAGCAACAGCAGCAGCCGUGAAACGAGCUCCGAAGGUGUGGCUGUUUGGUGACUUGCCAAGUGUGACCGGGAUUCUUUUGCUAUGGUGUUGGUCGGUGCUGUCCUUACACCUCUCAGGAACUGAACGGAGCUGCUCCGGAGGAGAUUGUCGCUAUGAAGUCUUUCACUCAAUUUUUCGUACUCCUGUGGAGUGCUAUUGGACUAGCAAAGGCUGCCAAAAUCGUCGUUGUGCCGCCAAUUAUGUUUGAAAGCCAUAUGUACAUUUUCAAGACCUUGGCCUCAGCCUUACAUGAGAGAGGCCACCAGACAGUGUUUCUCCUGUCCGAAGGCAGAGACAUCAUGCCAUCUAAUCAUUACAGACUCCAGCGCUACCCAGGGAUAUUUAACAGCACCACCUCAGAUGCUUUUCUACAGUCCAAAAUGCGGAAUAUUUUCUCUGGGAAACUUACAGUAAUAGAACUGUUUGACAUCCUGGACCACUAUUCUAAAAACUGUGAGAAGAUGGUUGGCAAUAGUGCUUUGAUGCAGGAUCUGAAAAAAGAAAAAUUUGAUUUGCUGCUGGUGGACCCUAAUGAGAUGUGUGGAUUUGUUAUAGCUCAUCUUUUAGGGGUGAAGUAUGCAGUAUUCUCCACAGGUCUUUGGUAUCCUGCUGAAGUGGGGGCUCCCAUGCCAUUGUCUUAUGUUCCGGAGUUUAACUCACUUCUCACAGAUGAUAUGAACUUUCUGGAGAGAAUGAAAAACACUGGUGUUUACCUCAUUUCAAGAUUAGGAAUCAGCUUUCUGGUUCUUCCGAAAUAUGAAAGGAUAAUGCAAAAGUACAACCUGCUUCCGGUGAAAUCCAUGUAUGACUUGGUUCAGGAGACCAGCCUGUGGAUGCUGUGUACAGAUGUGGCACUGGAGUUCCCAAGACCCACUCUACCUAAUGUUGUUUAUGUGGGAGGAAUCCUAACCAAACCAGCCAGCCCACUACCAGAAGAUCUCCAAAGAUGGGUGAAUGAUGCUAAUGAGCAUGGCUUUGUCCUGGUGUCUUUUGGAGCUGGUGUAAAGUAUUUAUCAGAAGAUAUCACCCACAAACUAGCAGGAACCUUGUCAAGGUUGCCACAGAAGGUGAUUUGGAGGUAUUCUGGACUCAAACCAAAGAAUCUUGGGAAUAAUACAAAACUCAUAGAAUGGCUACCCCAGAAUGACCUGCUUGGACACUCAAAUAUUAAAGCCUUUCUUAGCCAUGGUGGCUUGAACAGCAUUUUUGAAACUAUGUAUCAUGGAGUUCCUGUGGUGGGUAUUCCACUCUUUGGAGACCAUUAUGAUACAAUGAUCCGAGUCCAGGCAAAAGGCAUGGGGAUAUUGCUGGAAUGGAAGUCAAUGACUGAACAGGACUUAUACGAAGCCUUGGUUAAAGUUAUUAAUGAUCCCAGCUACCGUGCACGUGCCCAGAAGUUAUCAGAAAUUCACAAGGAUCAGCCUACUCACCCUGUCAAUCGAACUGUCUAUUGGAUCGAUUACAUUCUCCGUCAUAACGGAGCAGACCACCUACAGGCCGCUGUUCACCGCAUCUCUUUCUGUCAAUAUUUUUUACUGGAUAUCGUCUUUGUGCUGUCACUGGGUGCUGCCUUACUUUACUUUGUUUUGACAAGAAUGGUCAAAUUCACCUACAAACAAAGCACACGUUUCUGGUCUAGAAAUGAGCAUAGCACUGUUAAUGGACAUUACCACAAUGGAAUCCCCAAUGGCAAGUAUAAAAGGAAUGGCCACAUUAAACAUGAGAAGAAAAUGAAAUGAGCCAACCCACCUACAGUGUCUUGAGGAAUCAGUUCAGUAGUUGAAUUUUUAUCACUGUAACUUAGUCUAACAGCUACUUAAAGGAAAACCUCAGUAAACAAGUCUAACACUUCCCUAGGUAAUCUUACAGGAUGAAAUUCUCUGGAACUAAGAUUUCUUAAAAAAAAAAAAA